CUUCUUCUCCCUAGAAUAGUUUUGCAAGACUCCAUUAAUGGAGCUCAAAUUGUACUAUGUAAUGGUGAGGAGAGAUUAAUGAGAAUGAGAGGGCUUGGACAUUAGCCUAAAAAGUCCCGUGGUUUUCUCCAUUUCGGGUUUCCACGAAAAAAUGGUUUGUUCAUACACAUUUAUACAUAUAUUUACUAUAUCGUGUUAGAUUAAACUCAACACUGGCGCCGUCUGUGGGAAACUGUCCAAAAAGAUUCAUGUAUUCUACUGUUCUUGAGUUUCUACGGGAAAAAUUCAUACGAAAAGCUACUGUUUUCAGCAAAAGAAUAAGGAAAAAAUACGAUUCUGGAAAGAAAGAAGGAAGCGGAAGAAGUGGAGAAGCUAUGAAAUCUGGGAGGUCCAAAUCUGGAUUUUUUCCAGAUCUGCCCUUGAGGUCGCCGGAGCCGCCGUCACCGCCCUCGCCGGCAUGGAACCUCCUACGAGUGCUGCGACACCGGAGGAAGCUCGCUGCAACAUCCCAGCUGUGUCUGACGGCCUCCUCCGAGCCACUCACCACCGUUCAUCCUCAGCAGCCAGCUGUUUGUCGCUCAUCCACCUCGUUGCUGACGCGACCUGGAAGAAUCUCCGCCAUUAAUGGCGAUUUGAAGCUCAGGGGAGAUACGUUGUGAAGCUCCGUCGGCCCCAACCAAGGCCGGCCGCCGUCGCUGCCCUAACGCCGCGGCAACCGCCCUUACCGCCGUCGGCAGGUGGCCAGUUCAUGCCGUUCGGCCUCGGGUCAGCGGACGCGUUACAGCUAUCUUCCCAAAGAUAUGGAGUGUUACGCAGGUCAGUUUCACUUGGUCCUAAGCAGACCACGUCUGCAAGAUUAGGCCAAAAGGUGGGCAAUCAAUUUCCUUGGAGGAAUUUUGACCCAAGUCAAAAUCGUUGAAUGCUAGAUGGACGCACGGCUCUUAGAAUAAAGCAACCAGCCGGAUCCUUCCUUCUCCAAAUGGAGUCUUUGGUGGCCUUUUUUCAACGAGCUAUGAAGUCCAUCCCAUCAGGAGCUAAGUGUCACUUAAAUCCUCAUCAUUUAUUAAUUAGAGUACUAAUUAGGAUAAUGAUAUUGUUUUGUUGGAACUUUUAUCACCAUUAUUCAUUAGGGACUAAAAUAUCCCGAAAUUAAAUAGUGCUGAGCGACGCUCUUGUGAUAAUUAGUUUUUUACCGUCAUUUUAACUAAUGAUUGGUUGUUAUGGGCCCGUCAGCCCGCUCCUGAUCGGCUUUAAUUAGCAAGCGGAGCAUACCUGAAUGACCUAUGGUAGGAUAAUACUAUUAUUAAUACCCGUACAUCACUAUUAUUUAUUAGGGAUAAAAGUGUCCCGAAUUAAAUAAUGUGGAGCGAAGCUCUAGUAAUGGUUGGUUCAGCCAACAUUUUAUUGAAUAUUUAAUUUUUUGCGGGCCUGUUGGCCCACUCUCGAUCAGCUCGAUUAAGCGAUCCGAGUGUCUUCAGUAGGGCGACACCCCGACGACGACGCAUUAGUCCGCACGGCACUACGUGCCCGAUCGACGAUCGUACCCCAGUAUCAUUUACGCCAUUAGGCGCGAAAUGACUAUUGCCAAACGUGGCCUGUGGGGCCCGAAGGCACCAAAGCACCCAACCUCCUUUUUCUGAGGGCAGUGCGACCAACUUGGGUCUGAGUUUGAAAACUCACGGACCGAUGAAAAUCUCUAUGUGACGUUCCGCGGGCUGCCAAUCGGCCCCGCCGCGAGCUGCUACGUCCAUUAACACCGCACGAUGAGCUGGGCCGAGGGUCACGAUAACCCAUAGGCCGGUAAUCGUGGGUGUUAGAAAGAAAGCCAUGCAGAUGGUUAUGUGUGUAUACAUAAUGUCGGGCCGUGUGGCCCGUUACCAUGCUUAUUGCGCAGCUGAAGCCGCUCGACGUGAUCGAGCGAAAUGAUUAAAAGACGCUCGGCUUAAGUAUCAAAGGCGUUCAGGGCCAGCUAAAGUGGAGACCAUCACGGCUGAGAGCCGAUGGACGAGCAUCUCCACCCAGAGGUCGAGGGCCUAGAGGAGACCACCACGGUUGAGAACCGUGGGAUGAGCAUCUCCACCCCAGAGACCAAUGGCCUAGGAAGAACACCUAGAGGCCGAGGGUCUAGAGGCGAAUGCCAUGACAGAGAACCGUGAGACGAUCACCCGUCAUUCAGAGGCCGAGGGCCUAGAAGAGAUCGUCAGGGGCGAGGGCCGUCUGACGCCAUCAUUACAUCAUGACCGGCCUCUCGGCACGGCGUGUUUAUCUUUUGAAGACCGGCCUCGCCCCCGCGCUGCGCGGAUGAGGACCGUUGCUUGAUCUUGGUCGGCCUCUCAUUGCUGGCAUCAUUACAUCACGACCGGCCUCUCAGACCGGCGUGAUUAUCAUAUUCGAAGACCGGCCUCGUCCCCGCCACCUCGCGGACAAGGGCCGUUGCUUGACCAUAUCUUGAUCGGCAUCUCAUGGCCGACAUUAUCAUACCACGACCGGCCCCUCGGCUCGGCGUGUUCAUCUUUUGAAGACCGGCCUCGUCCCCACACCUCGCGGACGAGGACCGUUGCUUGGUUCUUUCAGGUCAGCCUAUCAUUGCCGACACCAUUAUAUCACGACCGGCCUCCCGGCUCGGCGUGCUUUCCAUAUUUGAAGACCGGCCUCAUCCCCGCUCCUCGCGGAUGAGGGCCGUUGCUUGAUUCUUUCAGGUCGGCCCCUCAUUGCCGACACUAUCACAUCAUGUUCGGCCUCUCGGCACGACAUACUUAACUUUUGAAGACCGGUUCCAUCCCCGCGAUGCGUUGGAUGAGAGCCGUUGCACAGAUAUAUCGGCCUGACCGGACACUAUUGUCAUCUCCUCGUCAGGACCGACUGCUCAGCGACGUUAUGAUCAUUGUUUGUCGGCUCCCAAUGCCGACCCUCUUGAGUUUGCGAUCGGGCUCACGACUCCCCUCCAGGAGGGUGACCAUCGCCUCCGCAUGACGACCAGCUAUUCUAUCGCCUCGUCAUUAUAUUCGUUCGCUAUGCCACCACCAUUAUGUGUGACAUCCCAUGAUCCCUGCGAGUUUCUUGGAUACCGAAUGUCUUUUUCGAUGUAGGAAGAUCGGUAGGACCACGGACCAGGGACGGACAAAGAAGAGCUAGGGAAUCUCGAUGUAGAUAAACCUGUUCCUCCUUGCGAGUUUCGCGGAUACCGCACGUCUCUUCGAAGCAAGAGUGUCGGUAGGACCAAGAACCAAGGACGAACGAAGAAUAUAGAUUUCCUCCCUCAAACAAAAAAAAAAGAUGGGGAGAAGAGGAGGGUAGCUCCUAUGUGGAAGGGAAUCUUGCCCGGGCGUGCCAGAUCUUCUCCCACCGCCGAAGACGAACGCCUCUCGAUGUAGAGGUUAGUAGAGACGCGGAGGGGGCUAGACGAACCAAGGGAGCUUUGCCAAGAUAAACCUGUUUAUCCCACAAUGACCAUGGAUCGAUGGACGUGAGAUAACAAAGUCGGGAACCCGUGAGGGUAAACCAGUUCGUCCCUGCGAGUUCCUUGGGUACCGAACGUCUUCUUCGAAGCAAGAGACGCCGGUAAGACUAAAAGGACCACGGACGAACAAAAAAAGGGGGAAUCUCGAUGUAGAUAAACUUGUUCCUCCUUGCGAGUUUCGAGGAUACCGGACGUCUCUUCGAAGUAAGGACGCUGGUAGGACCAAGAACCAAGGACGAACGAAGACUAAAAGACUCCAAAAAAAAAGAGAGAGAGAUGCCAGAAGAGCACGGAGCAAAGAAUGAUUUUAUCCCUUGGCGCUAUUGGCCGGGAAGUACAAACCGAAAAACAUAUGUAAAGAAUAAUUACAAAACUUAAGUACGAAGAAUGAAGUGGCCGACGACGAUCGGCUAACACCAGACUUUCUUUUGCCUUGGACGACGAAUACCAGCUCCCCAUAUCAGACAGAGGGACGACGCACAGGUCCACCCUUCCUCCCAGGAUGAAGUCCUGACAGACGAUCGGCUUCUCAUAGCCAGCCAAGACGGACCGCGCCUAGAUUUCACGGUUCGGCUCGCCCAUUCCCUCCAGGAUGGCGACGACCGUCUUAUGCAGUACGAUCGGCCCCUCAGCGCCAUCGUACCCAGCUCCAUGGAUCAGACACGAAGAACCAGUUCUCCACCGGAGUCUGUUGCGUGCCGAGUGUACACCGCUUAGCGGUCCGUACAUAGGACCACAGAUACGGUAGACGAACGACGAUCAGCUCCUCAGAUCAGAUAGGAGGGACAUCGCCCAGCUUUAUUUCAGGCUCACCAUUCCUUCCCGGAUGGAGUCCUGGCAGACGAUCGGCUUCUCACAGCCAAUCAGGAUAGAGACUUCACAUCACCAGCACGGCCGAGGGCCGUGAGACGAUUACCACUCACCGACAGGACGAGGGCCAUGAGAUGAUCAUCACUAUUUUUCUAUAUCACGAUCGGCCCCUCAGCGCCAUCGUGUCCAGACUCACGGUUCGGCUCGCCCUUUUUUCUUCCAGGAUGGCGACGACCGUCUUAUGCAGUACGAUCGGCCCCUCAGCGCCAUCGUGCCCAGCUCACGUUUAGCUCGUCCAUCCCUUCCAGGGUGGCGACGAACGUCUUAUGCAUCACGAUCGGCCCCUCAGCGCCAUCGUGUCCAGAUUCACGGUUUGGCUCGUCCAUUCCCUACAGGAUGGCGACGACCGUCUUAUGCAGUACGAUCGGCCCCUCAGCGCCAUCGCGCCCAGCUCACGUUUAGCUCGUCCAUCCCUUCCAGGGUGGCGACGAACGUCUUAUGCAUCACGAUCGGCCCCUCAGCGCCAUCGUGUCCAGAUUCACGGUUCGGCUCGCCCAUCCCUUCCAGGAUGGCGACGAACGUCUCUUAUGCAGCACGAUCAGCGCCCCAGUGCCAUCGUGUCUGGCUCACGUUAGGGUCGCCCAUCCCUUCCAGGAUGGCGACGAACGUCUCUUAUGCAGCACGAUCAGCGCCCCCAGCGCCAUCGUGUCUGGCUCAUGUUAGGGUCGCCCAUCCCUUCCAGGAUGGCGACGAACGUCUCUUAUGCAGCACGAUCAGCGCCCCAGCGCCAUCGUGUCUGGCUCACGUUAGGGUCGCCCAUCCCUUCCAGGAUGGCGACGAACGUCUCUUAUGCAGCACGAUCAGCGCCCCAGCGCCAUCGUGUCUGGCUCACGUUAGGGUCGCCCAUCCCUUCCAGGAUGGCGACGAACGUCUCUUAUGCAGCACGAUCAGCGCCCCAGCGCCAUCAUGACUGGCUCACGUUAGGGUCGCCCAUCCCUUCCAGGAUGGCGACGAACGUCUCUUAUGCAGCACGAUCAGCACCCCAGCGCCAUCGUGUCUGGCUCACGUUAGGGUCGCCCAUCCCUUCCAGGAUGGUGACGAACGUCUCUUAUGCAGCACGAUCAGCGCCCCAGCGCCAUCGUGUCUGGCUCCCGUUAGGGUCGCCCAUCCCUUCCAGGAUGGCGACGAACGUCUCUUAUGCAGCAAGAUCAGCGCCCCAGCGCCAUCGUGUCUGGCUCACGUUAGGGUCGCCCAUCCCUUCCAGGAUGGCGACGAACGUCUCUUAUGCAGCACGAUCAGCGCCCCAGCGCCAUCGUGUCUGGCUCACGUUGGGGUUGCCAAUCCCUUCCAGGAUGGCGACGAACGUCUCUUAUGCAGCACGAUCAGCGCCCCAGCGCCAUCGUGUCUGGCUCACGUUAGGGUCGCCCAUCCCUUCCAGGAUGGCGGCGAACGUCUCUUAUGCAGCAUAAUUGGCCCCUCGGCGGCAUCAUGUCUAGUCCAUCUUCGGCUCCGCCCAUGCCAUCCCGGAUGGGGGACCCGUCUUGUGCAGCACGUCUGCCUCUCGGCGCUGACAUGCUCGAGUUCUCGUUGAGAUCUACCGCUCCUAUCACAUCUUGCAUUCCCUCUCUCAUACAUUGCACCCAUACAUUACAUGCAUUCAUGCAUCAUACCUCAUACAUUCAUACAUACACACGUGCAUCAUGUUUUGACAGUACCGCGACGUCGGUUUAUAGAUGCAUGGACCUCUAAGCUUCUCCGUUGGAAAGCUUGAGUCAGAGUCUUUUACUCUCGCCUGAUGCAUUCAAGGGGAGAGUGCCCGUGGAGGAGCACCCUUCGCCCGACCCCGUCGGGAACGGGGGUGCCUCACCGGCAGAUUACGUUCAGGAGUGUGGACAUCCACUCAUAUAUUAUGAUUAUUCAAGGACACAGGUUCCAGCUAGACCGAGGUAAAGCCCAGGCAAGAGUAUAUUUUCUCGAGCAGAUUCGCACGCUCACUACUCAAGAAACUGGGGGACUUGUGUUGGGAUAUAUUAUCCCGGCCUAUUACUGUUCAGGAGCCCAAGACUUUACGUCGUACGGAGCCCAAUCAGUAAGGCCCAUUUUAGCCUAUCAGGCCUGUUUCGGCCUUUGGGCCCAUUUUGGCCCAUUCGGCCCGUUAGGGUGGAGGGCCUCCUUUCCCCCUAUUCCCUAUAAAUAGGAGGUUUCCCUCCAUGUAAAAGGAUCCCUUCCUUCUUUCUUCUUCUCCCUAGAAUAGUUUUGCAAAACUCCAUUAAUGGAGCUCAAAUUGUACUAUGUAAUGGUGAGGAGAGAUUAAUGAGAAUGAGAGGGCUUGGACAUUAGCCUAAAAAGUCCCGUGGUUUUCUCCCUUUCGGGUUUCCACGAAAAAAUAGUUUGUUCAUACACAUUUAUACAUAUAUUUACUAUAUCGUGUUGGAUUAAACUCAACAAAGAGUUAUUCUUUUCCCUGUGGAUACGAACUCUACUACGCUAUACUACCUAUUAGUGCUAGUAUUGAAUUUAUUUUGAGUGCACUCACGACAAAGUGCACGUCAAUGUCUCUCUUACAUCUAACUUAAUUCUCAAUGUAUUUAUAACUCUCUUCUGUUUCUGGAUCACUGGAUGUCAUUUAACAUUUUAUUGAUAUAUUUUUACUAUUAGUUCAACUAUAUAGAAAGCUUGGUCCCAAUUUAAGUAAAAACAUUUCUUUUUAGAAUGGAUUUCAAACCAAUAUAUUUUAAAAAGGGAUAAGGGUCAGAUAGAGCCUCGAACUUGAAAAAAAAUGUCAAAUAAGGCCAUAUUUAGGAUGCUCUGUCCGGCCGACGCCAUUUGGGUCAGUUCCCGGUGGAAUUUUUGAUGAUUUUUUUUUAGAAUCUUAUUCAUUAAGUCUAGUUUACUCAUAUCAAAUUUGAACUAAAACUUCAAUCGGGAAGGCAUUCAAAUGAAUUAUUGAAGAUAACUGUGCAGUUAAAAGCGCAGUUAUCUUCAAGAAUUCAUUUGAAUGCCUUCCCGAUUGAAUUGUUAGUUCAAAUUUGAUAUGAGUAAACUAGACUUAAUGAAUAAGAUUCUCAAAAAAUUUCAUCAAAAAACUCUACCGGGAACUGUCCCAAAUGGCAUCAGUCGGACAUAGCAUCCUAAAUAUGGCCUUAUUUGACAUUUUUUUCCAAGUUUGAGGCCCUAUUUGACCCUUAUCCCAAUCAUCCCUUUUAUAAAUGAUAUCCUUUUAAUAUCUUUUUAUUGAGAGGAGUGAGAGAGCAGAAUAUCACAUAACAAUGAUAGUUAACUUCCUUCCAGUGUAUCGAUAUUUAUGUUAUCUUUUGUACUUAAGAUUUUAUUUAGUAUAUUUACUAAACUACAUUCUUUUAAUAGAUUCAGUUUUCUAAUAAAAUGAGAAAGUUCAUUUGGAAAAGACAUUUAUUAACAUGAAUGGUGAAAGUGUUGUGCUGUUGAAAAUGGAUAAUAGUUGGCAAGAUCAGAGAAGGUGAACCACCCUCUCCUGAAAAACACUGCUCUAAGACUCUAAGUUGCCUCUUUUCUUCUUCUUUAUUUCUGGGCUAGCUACAUUACACAAAAGAAGGUUUAGGAUAUUUUUACUUGGAAUGUAAUUUGCUGGUCUGGUCUGGUCUGAACUAGUCUGGUCCGGUAAGGUCUGGUUUCUUUGUAUUUUUAUAACUAUCCAAGUCUGGUCUGGUCUGGUCUGGACUGGUCUGGUCUGGUCUGGUCAGGUCUGGACUGGUCUGAUCUGGUCUGGGACAAAUUAGAGUCCAAGUAAAAACAUCCUUAGACUUAGGAUCUAACAUAGGAAAGGAAUAAGUUACUUAUUACUUACAUGUUAUGCUGCUUUUUUUGAAAACUAUUUACAAACGAAGGUGGGAUCUGGGUUGUAGCGGAUUCUAAACAUUCAUUUCAUCAUCUAAACCUUUUGUUAAGGUGAGAAACAUGCUCUCUAAUUUGACCUUUUUAACAUUAUCCAUUUUAGCAUUUUUGUGAGAAUCAAAACUUAAAUAACUAUGAGUCAGACCAAACAACAUCACAAACUUGAAGAUUGAUAAUUAAUCACAACCCAAUCCUAAUUAACUUUUUUUUUUACCGAAAAGAAACUUUUAUUAAUAAAAAGAAAAACGCCCAUCGGCUACAAACAAAAGGUGCCCUUAGGCUAAAAUGAAAUAAAAAAGGAGAAUAACAAGAUAAGUAGAUUGGUUCGGAUUGAACAUGGGCCGAAAGAGCUCCGAAUUGGAUGGGUCCCAGACUGAUCCAACAUAAAGCAAACAAAAAGGAAUGUUUGCCGGUAGGGUUUGUUUUUCUGUGUGAUUUUGAGAGAGAAAGCACGAGAGAUAUGAAUGUACAUCAGCUUGAUUGGGAGCAAAUUAGAAGUGUGAUUUUCUGCUUGAUGAUAUGAAUGUCAUCAAUUUUUUUCUAAUUUUAUGUGAAACUGAAAUGGUUUUAACUUGUGAGCCUUUUUUUAACAUAUCUUUAACAUACUAUUAAAAAAGUGGAUAAUCAAUGCACUUAUGCACACCAUAAGUGUUUUCAUGUAACCUUCACAAUUGCUUAUAAUACAAUCAUAUCCAUGAAUCUCUAUUCUUUAAUUUGAAAUAAUUUGAUUAAUUGAUAACAUAAAAUGAAUAGGUAUAUGUUCUGAAACAACAUAUACCUAGAAAGGCACAAAGAAUCAUCACGGUGAACGUUCAACAAAGAAGCAAUCACAUUACAUUGGAGACCUUAUGAGCAAGGUCACCUGAUCUAAUUUUCAAGGCUCUUUUAAUUUUUGUUGUAAUAAUAUUAGGCUCAUUUUGUAAUAUGGUUUUGCCAACAACUAUCAUUAGAUCAAUAUUAAAAGUAGAACAUAGAUAAGUAGAUUUACUCUGGAGCCUUGAUGUUAUGUUAUUAUUUUUGUUAUAUCUAUCAUUCUAUCCUAUGAUGAUAGAUAACAUGUUUUCGUAUACUUGUAAGCUUACCAAAAGUACUUUCUAUAAGCACGGGUAACCAUAUUUUUCUUCUUAAAUUUUGUUAAAUUUAACAAAAAAAAUCUCAUCAUUUAUAAUGAUUUUUUAGUUGUUCAUUUAUCCUUUUCUUUUUGAAAGGUAGCAUUAAGCUGCUGCAGUGGUCAUGAUGCUUUUACUAUGAUUAGUAAUUUGGUUAGUUUUUAAGUAAAUAGUGAAUAUUACUUUAUGUUGUUUUAGAUUAUGGUGCGAAAGAAGUCAAGAGGUUUUCUUUGUGCACAUAUGACAUAUGGUUACUCUACCUCUCUUGAAGAAUCUGAGGUCUGAUUUGAUUAGAAUUCAAUCCUUCAAGUUUAAGUCAAGUGACAUAGGAGGCAUCUCUACUUCAAAAUACCAAGUGUUCACAUGAAAUAAUGUAACAAUCAAUUUAUUGAGGGACAUGUUCAGGAUGCGGGUUAACUUGGAGCUUAUAGACUUAAGAUGAUGUGGGGUUGCACCAAAUAACAUGUCAGUAGCUCCAAAUCCUCCAAUCUUCAUUAAUAUCUAUAUCAGGACAUUAUAUCUCACACUUCUAUCCAUUGUUGGUUCAACUUGAUAGGUACCUCCUCUCUUGGAGACUGGGAAAGCAAAAACAAACAAAAAAAAAAAGUUAACCAAACCGGAGGCCCGGCACGGACCCGGUGGCUACCCGGGCCGGUCUCGGGCCUUCCUUCCCAAAAAAAAAAGCCCGGCCGGGCCCGGGUCCAUGACUAGAUGUUAUCAGAUCACAAGACAUUUUGGCAUUGUGCUCUGAGAUGCGACCCGUUGUGAUGGUGGAUUAUGGUGGAAGGAUGCCAGAACUUCAACACAGGCUUUGUGCUUCCCUUAAACAUUGCAGAAAUGAAUCUUCUGCAUUUGAGAACCUGCGAGUUAUGAUUAUUGAAGACAUGAUUUAUCUGGUUCACCUUAAAGCAUUUCAUGAAUUCAGUAAAUUGAGCUUGAACCUAGAAAUGGAAUUUCUCUUUAUAGAUCUUGAGCAUGAUCCUCCAAAGAUGAUAACAAGAGCCACUGAUGAGAGACCUGGAAUUAUGGCACUUGUGAUGGCACAGAGAAUAUUUUCAUCCCUCCUUUCUGAAGGGGUAAUAAGUUGUAAUCAUUCAGAACAUUCUAGUUCAGAUUUGAUGGCUAAUAAUAGGCCACAUAGCUCACAGACAUCUGAGCUUAUUGAUCUCAGUAGGGACAUUGAAGAAACUGGGGUCACUGUGCCAACACUUAAUGGAUGGCUUCUUGGAUAUCCUGUAGUAUAUCUAUUUGGCAAGGAUCAUAUUAAAGAUGCCAUAUAUAAUCUCUCCACCAAGUCCCUUCAUCUCUUCCAAAUUUUAGCCUGCAGAAAGGGUGCAGGCAAUGAUCGAUCUCAAUCUAAAAAAGAAGAAUUAUUGAGUUUCUCUGUUCCUUAUGAACUAAGCUUGGCGGGGAGUGACGAACCAUGGGCAAAAGGGUUCUUAGCUCACAUGCAAGAAAGGCAAACCAAGCACAACAAUGUCUGGGAAUCCCUUAGGUUGGAGGUUGUUGCUUGCUAUCCACAGGCAAUUGCAUUUUAGUACAGGCAUAAACUUUGUACUUUGUAGUAGUAAAAAUGCGGGUGAAAUACAUACAUGUAUUCGAGCGAUAAUUUAAGGAGCGUGUUUCGAAGGUGGUUUCAUCUUGUUUGGUGGUUGGGCAAGAUGCAGUCACCUUGCAAAACUUAUAUUUCUCUUGUUCCAUAAUUCUCUUCCUAUAUUUCUCUAUAGAAGUCAAACUUUUUCAAAACAUAUAUUUCUCUUGUUCCAUAUUUCUCUUCCUAUUGCCU